AGGUGAGUCGGUUGGAUGAAAAACGCAGGCACCAAAUAAAAUAAAACCCUAGUAGGGUUUUAAACCUGUGAGUUUCCUCUUCUCCUAGCGCUUCCCCUUCAGUUGUUAGCAACCGAAGCCAUGGCUUCUUCGAUAGCCCAGCAAUUACAGGCAAUCAAGCCUUUCGUUCAAGCCGAUUCAGCUGCUCUCAAGAGACCCUUCACCCGCCCUUCAAUCCUAUAUGAUCCCAAAGAAGCUGCCGAUAUCGAUAUUGGAACCAUAUUAAACGUUGCUCUAUCAGGUCUUGAAGUUCUUAUAAGCAAGGAUGAGCGAUUUAGAAACUAUCAGCAAGAUCUGUUUACUCAUAAUAGUAUCGAUUUUGAUAGAGAAUUGAAAGGUAUAGAAGAGAACAAUAACACUAGUACCAGAAUCAGUUCCUACGUAAGGUUACUGUCGGGAUAUCUUCAAUUACCUGCAUCUUUGAAGACACUCGAGUAUUUGAUACGCAGAUACAAGAUUCACGUGUACGAUGCAGAGGAUUUGAUUUUAUGUGCUAUGCCAUACCAUGACACUCACUUUUUUGUUCGAAUAGUGCAGCUAAUUGACACAGGGAAUAGUAAAUGGAAAUUUAUUGAUGGAGUUAAAGUUUCUGGUGCGCCUCCACCCAGAAGUGUUAUAGUACAGCAGUGCAUCCGUGAUAUGGGAGUGCUGGAGGCUUUAUGCAACUAUGCUUCUCCAACAAAGAAGUUUCAGCCGUCGAGGCCUGUGAUCAGCUUUUGCACGGCUGUCAUUGUUGAGGUCCUUGGUUCUGUUACAACUGUUAAUAGUGAUGAUGUCAAGAAAAUCCUUCCAUUUGUAGUUUCUGGACUUCAGGCUGGUGCAAAAGUAGGCCCAGAUCACAAGGCUGGUGCUUUGAUGAUUGUUGGUUUGCUAGCAAAGAAAGUUGAACUGGCGCCUAAACUUGUUAAGAGUUUAAUACGGUCGAUUGCUGAGAUAGCUCGAGAAGAUGCAAAAGAGUCGACUGAUCUGCAUUGGUUUCGUUCGUCGCUGAUGGCUUUGAUUAACCUCGUUCAGUUGCAAGCCAUUGAUGUGUUCCCGAAGAAGGCUUUGGAGUUUUUGAAGGAAACUAGGGAGAUUGCUGGAAUUAUUCUGGGAUUGUUCAAAGAGUUCAAUAUUGAUGGAUUCCUCACUCUGCUUUUGGAAUCUCUGGUGGAAUACAGUUCAUCUGAUGACUCAUGUCGUCUAGCUUUGUUAUCAAUCAUAGAGACAGUUCCUGUAAAUAAUCUUGUCGGCCAUGUGGUUUUUAAAGUCCUUUCUUCCUGUGUGAAGUUGUCACAGAAGAAAAGCGAUUCAACACCACCAGAAUCAGGAAGCUGGGCCAAGAAGAUUUUGGUUGCUAUCAAUAAGAAGUAUCCAUCCAAAUUUAACCAAGCAGUUUGGAAAUUCCUGGAGGACGAAAAGGUACAAGCCACGAAAGGUGAUGCAACAUUUGAGAUUCUUAGUACUAUGUUAGACGGGAACUUGGAUUCAUCAACGGUGAUCCCAGAUUCCAAGAUCUGGUUGGUGUUGAACCAUCCCAAGGCUGAAGUUCGGCGUGCCACAUUAUCUGGUCUAAAAGCAUCUGGCUUCCUGAUAUCCAAGGAUGUUGAUUCUCAGAGGUUCAUAAACAUCCGGGAUGCCGUAUUGUGCCAGCUUCGCGAUGAUGAUCUAACUGUUGUUCAGGCAGCUUUAUCUCUUGAAGGAUUCUCUAAAAUAUUAGAGUCCAGUGAUGUUCUAGAAGCAUUACAUGAUGUGCUUCAAAGAUGUUAUCGCAUGUCAAGUUUGUUAGAUAACAGUUCUGUGGCUGGUGAUGUCUCUUAUUCAUUCCUGAAGAUUGCCAUCUCAUGCUUUCAUAAUCAGAUCAAUAACUCAAAGCAACUUGCGACCAUUAUGUUUCCUUUUAUCCUAAUAUUUCCGAAGACUCAAAGGUUUAAUAUGAAGGUUUUGCAACUAGCCAAGGAAGUAGAGUGGCCAAUUUACCAGAGUCUCACUGGUGUCUCUAUUGAAGAAAUGAAAUUACAACCUGAACGGGUAUCUUCGAUCAAUAUGGAGACUGUUGGCAUCUUGGCUGAAACAUUCUUAUUGCACCCUGAUGAGUAUUUGCCUUGGUUUAUCAAGAGUUGCAAUGAUUUGGCUUCUUCGAAGACGCUGUUUUAUUUGGUUCUGAUGCAGUCAUUUAUAUUGCAAAAGAGUAGAAGGGGGCAAUCUUUUACAUUUUUUGAAGCUUGCUUUCCUGUUCUGAAGACUGAUUGGGAAGUUGUCGAGUCUGCAGUUGAUUUUUCAAUUUCUGAGUUCAACACUGAAAUGCUAGAUGCAGAUUGCAGAAGAUUCCUUGACCAGCUAUUUGAUACUGAAGUAAAGGCAUUGAAUAUAAACAUUUUAAUUUGUGUGCUUUGGAGGUUUCUAGAAGCUUUUGUUUCAACGAUGCCUUCAGAUAUAGUGUUGGAUGAUAAUGACAAGUGGGUUUGCAAACUUCGGGAUAUGUUUGUCUUUUUUGCGACUUCUCGAUUGAAGCAUGUUUUCAAGGAGCCCCUUCACUACAUUGUUACCAAAAGCAAGAUCUUGCCUGGCCAUUUUCUCUCUGGAUUUUUCACGGAAGAAGAUGUUGCGGUUGCAACUCAAGUUGAGAGUCUUCAUUGUUUUGCUUUUGUUUGCUCUCAAUCUGACGAUAGUUUGCUGUUCCAACUUCUAGCGGAAUUUCCUUCACUUCUUGUUCCGCUAUCUAGCAAUAGUCAAGAUACAAGGAUUGCUGCCAUGGGCUGCAUUGAAGGGCUACAUGCUCUGUGUCCUCGUGUUGAUUUUUUAAGCAAGAAGAAUGGGAACAAUAUAACCUGGAGUCAUUCUCUUGACGAACUUCUGGGUUUGAUGGUUCAGCAGAAAAGACUUAUAUUAUCAGACAAAAAUUUUCUGCCCUCAUUUCUAACUUCUUUGCUUGGAUCAUCCUGCAACAGCAUUAUAGUACCACGGAAUCUAGGACAGAGACUUGAUCAAUCUACGAAGGAAAAGAAUAUUGCUUUCAUCUUGGGUUCUUCUUUGAAACUUUCAGCAUUUGCCAAGCUGAUGAUACUAUCGCUGCUCAAUGGAUUGGGCAAUGCGAUAAUACGUAUUAAAGAUGUGGAGUUAUUGUUGUCUUUGCUUUUGAAAAGACGCAAUGAAUACUGUCUCGAGCAGGAUAUACAAUCCGAAAAAUUGUCUAAAACUGAAGUCAAGAUUCUGUGCCUUCUACUGGAGAUCUGUGCUCUUCCCACAUCAUCAUCUGAUGGACGCGAUUAUGCAGAGUACCUCUUAAAGGCUUUGCGAGUGCAUAAUACCUCUUCAGAAGAUCUUGCCAUAAUAAAACCCUGUGUUACUGUUCUCCGAAGCCUAAGAGGUCAAUUUUACAGUGGGUUGACGACUGAGAUGCAGGAGCGGUUUUUCCAUGAGUUUGUGCUCUUGUUUCGUGACGGUAAUGGUGAUAUACAAAAUGCAACCAGAGAGGCCAUGCUGCAGUUAAAUAUAACUUGGUCCACAGUAGUCAAGUCACUUGAAUUCAUCUUCACACUGGAAAGUUGCACAAUUAAUAUGACACCUGGGAAGAAGAAGAAAUCAAUGAGGCGUCAUAAGUAUGGGAUGAAUUCUGAUGUGAUUCCUAAAGGAGAAAAUGCUCUCUCUUGUCUUAGCUCUCUCCUUGAUAUAUUGGUGCUGAAGAAAGACAUUGUAAACAGGGAUCGUCUUUUAGGUCCUUUGUUUAAGCUCCUUCGCAAUAUUUUUUCGGAUGAUUGGGUAAAUGGUACUCUGGCCCAAAAUGAGGAGUGGAUUGAAGCUUCCGCAGGUGUCUCUCAGACCUUAUUUGGCACAAUAAGUUACAUUCAGCAGACAUUGUUAAUAAUUUUGGAAGACGUAGUUGGUUCUCUCAAUACAUCUUUCCCACUAAAGGAUGACAUAAUAAAUGAUAUUGACGUCAAAUUGUUAGUGGAUUGCGCCAAUUCUGCUAAAGCUGGAGUCACUCGCAACCAUGUAUUCUCUGUACUGACCUCUAUUGCCAAGGUUAUUCCCAAAAAAAUAUUGGAGCAUAUUUUCGAUAUACUUCCCGUUGUUGGACAAUCAGCAGUCUCACAGAUUGAUAGCCAUUCACAGCGCGUGUUCGAGGAUUUCAUAUCAGUGGUUGUUCCUUGUUGGCUAUCUGAAACUGGCAAUCCAGACAAAUUGCUCCAGAUUUUUGUUAAUGUAUUGCCCCAAGUUGAUGAGCACAGGAGACUAUCAAUUGUUGUGUACCUUCUAAGGACUUUGGGAGAAAGUAAUGGCUUGGCUUCAUUGCUCAUGCUCCUUUUCCAUUCCCUGGUUUUGAGAAAAGGAUCGAUUUGCCUUGAUGAUAUCCGUGCUUCAGAUAGAGGAACAUCCUCAGCUCUGAAAGAUUGGGAGUAUGCCUUUGCAGUGCAAAUAUGUGGGCAGUAUUCAUGCAUGAUAUGGCUGCCCUGCCUUGUUAGGUUGCUUCAACAAAUAGAAGCCAAUAAUCCUUGCCCUGAACUCUUCAUGGUCUUGCUAUUUGCAAUGGAAUUAGUUUUGCACAAAUUGCAGGACCCAGAACUGGGAAUCAAGCUUGAAUCUGGUGAAAACCUGGAUAAAAUCCAGAUAACACUUGGGUACCUAAUGGAGCAUACCGUAGCUCUUUUAGAACUUUUUGAUGCAAAGAAAAAGCAGGCAGUGAUUUCUGUUGGGAUGAGGAGAGAAUUGAAGGAGUGCAUGCAUGCUGUCUUGAGGAGUAUUACAAGAGCCAUGAUCCCCUCAGCAUAUUUUAGAGGCAUCACUAAUUUGCUUGGCCAUGUAGAUCGAAAUGUGACUAAAAAGGCUCUUGGGCUUCUAUGCGACGUAGUGAGAAAUGAUGGACGAAUUAAAUCGAAACAUAAGGAUAGAGGGUACUCGAAUCCAGUCAUUAGCGGUCAUUGGCUCCAUAUGAAUGAUAGCGCUGUUGAAUCUUUUCACAAAACGUGUAUGGAGAUCAUUCGGAUAGUUGAGGAUUCUAUUGAUGAAUCAAGUACUUCCUUAAAACUGGCAGCAGUUUCAGCACUAGAAGUUUUGGCCCGCAGAUUUCCUUUUGAUCAUUCUAUCUUUAGCAUGUGUCUUAAAUCAGUUACAAAAUGCAUCACUUCGCAUAACUUGACUAUCUCUUCGAGCUGCCUUCGAGCAACUGGUGCCUUGGUUGAUGUCCUUGGACCACAGGCAUUAGCUGAGCUGCCUCGAAUAAUGAAAAACCUGAUAAAGAAAGCUCGUGAAAUAACUUCAUGUGUUGAUGAGAGAAUGAGAUAUAUUAAUGAUACCCCUCCAUCUGUACCGUCGAUUUCCAAUGAAUCUAUUAUGCUAUCUGUUCUUGUUACUUUGGAGGCAGUUAUAGACAAGCUUGGAGGUUUUUUGAGUCCUUAUCUUGAAGAUGUUAUAGAUCUUUUGGUGCUUUCUCCUGAGUAUACAUCAGGACCAGAUUCAAAGCUGAAACUGAAAGCUGAUACAUUACGAAAGAUUCUUACCGAUAAAAUUACUGCGCGCCUUGCUCUGCCUCCUUUGUUUAAGAUACAGUCUCGUGCUGUUGAGUCGGGGGAUUCAAGCAUGACAAUCGCUUUCGAAAUGUUAGCAAGUUUAGUUUGUAAAAUGGACAGAUCAUCUGUUGCUGGUUAUCAUGGAAAGAUUUUUGCUCUCUGCUUGCAAGCUCUUGAUCUUCGCCGACAACAACCUGUUUCAAUUCAAAACAUAAAUAUUGUAGAAAAAAGUGUUGUGAAUGCGAUGAUUUCUUUGACAAUGAAACUUACAGAAAAUAUGUUCAAGCCUCUUUUCAUCAGAAGCAUUGAAUGGGCUGAGUCAGAUGCAGAAGAAAUGGCCUAUAGUGGGAUCACUAACAUAGACCGGGCAAUAUCUUUCUUUGGCCUUGUGAAUAAACUUGCUGAAAACCAUCGGUCUCUCUUUGUCCCUUACUUUAAGUAUUUGCUUGAGGGAUGUGCACGGUAUCUUACUGACGCUGGAGAUGUAAAAGCUACUGGGUUGACUCGAAAGAAAAAGAAGGCCAAGGUUCAGGGUGCAGGAGUUAAUGUGAACGAGGAAAACAAUGUGUUAGCAAUCAAAAAGUGGCACCUUAGGGCAUUAAUAUUGUCAUCACUACACAAGUGUUUUCUCUAUGAGACGGACAAACUGAAGUUCCUUGACUCCGCAAACUUUCAGGUUCUGUUAAAACCCAUUGUCUCUCAGCUUGAUACUGAACCACCAGCGUCCCUAGAAGAGUUUCCUGACAUACCAUCUGUCAAGGAGGUUGAUGACCUGUUGGUUGUUUGCAUUGGUCAAAUGGCCGUCACUGCAAAAUCUGACCUUCUAUGGAAAUCCUUGAACCAUGAGGUAUUGAUGCAAACUCGUAGUGAUCAAGUGCGGACCCGAAUUUUAGGGCUCAGAAUUGUUAGAUACCUUCUGGACAACCUAAAGGAAGAAUAUUCGGGGUUACUGCCUGAAACAUUCCCCUUCAUUGGUGAAUUGCUGGAGGAUGCAGAAUUGACUGUCAAGUCUUUAGCGCAAGAUUUUGUGAAAGAAGUGGAGUUGACGGGCGUUGACGACAUUCGUGAAUAUCUCUAAUUUGUGCUCAAUACCCUCUCAGAUUCAAGCUGCCAUAUCUGGCAGCAAUAUGUUGUCUCUGCCAAUUCCUCUGAUAGCAGUGAAAGCUUUUGUCUAUACAUUUGACGUGUGCUUACCACUGCCCCACAUUUUGGCAGCCAUGUAUGGUCUUGGGGAGCUUAUGUAUUUAUUGUUUUAUAUUCGAGGAAACUGUGAAUUGUAUGUAAUAUUCAGUUUUGUCCAAGUUUAGCACAGGUGCAGCUGAUUAAAAAAGUUAAGGUUAGGAUGAGCAUAUAUGGUUCAGUGUCUUGCCUUUGUAAUGAAAAUAUUUCUUUAUAAGUUAUCAGAUUAAUGCAAAAUGAUUUAUAUGCCCA